UGGGGGGUGUUAAUGUAUGCAUAUAAAUUACAAUUUAUUUCUACGUGAGCUAACCCAGUAACCUCUUAUGGGUAAUAUUGGUCGCGAAAGCCGACGUGUUAAAUUGACGUAUGUUGUUCACUGUUUUGCAGGUGGUGCGCAUGGGCAUGCAUACAUCCACGUGUUUAGGAUAGAGAGCUUUUUGGGCAAAUUGGAAACCCUGACCGGCGUAGUUUACAUCGUCUUUGCCAUCCUGCUGGUGAUCAUUGCUGCCACGGAGGCCCUGCGCUUGUCUGAACUUGGCGUGGCGUACUUCAAAAGCUUUUGGAACAUCGCGGAGCUGCUGAGCAUCGCGCUGGGUGCAGCCUCCGUGGUCACUUACUUCAUCAAGAUGAGCGUGGCCACGCGCACGCUUGAGAAGUUCAGAACGGAUCCACACAAGUUUGUCAACUUUCAGGAACUAGUCACGUGGGACCGGCAGGUCUCGGAACUGCUGGCGACCCUCGUGUUUGUCAGCACCAUCAAGGUGCUAGGCCACAUGAAGUCCCUCAGGCAAUUCAAGGUGCUCGUCGGCGCCUUCUCGGAGGCGUGGAACCACAUCCAAGGCUUCGCCGUCAUCGUGCUCGUCAUCUUCUGCGGCUUCGGCCAGCUCGCCAGGCUGCUGUUUGGCAGCUCGCUAUGGAACUACGCACGUUCACCACGUGCCUGGAGCAGCAGGUUCUCCCUGUUCCUGGGUCAGCCGGGCAACGGUAAACUGUACGCGGCCAACCGCGUCCUCAGGCCUCUGAUUUACUUCGCCUUCACGUUCAUGACCACCUUCGUUAUUGUCAACUUUUCGUUGGGCAUACUCUCCAACGGGUUUAUCAGUUUCUGAAGAGGCCUGCUGAAGCAACUGCACAGCCUGGGGUUGCACGAAGCGCUGUUGAGCAAGAUCAGGGCAGCGCUUGCCGCUGUCCCCGCCUGAAAAGGAUUUUUUAGGCCAAAUUAAUCAUUAAUAUCUGCCACAGACGACUUGCGUACGUACACAUGUUGAACUUCUUUCGCGCCGUAUGUAGCCAACCAUGGUAAUUGGAGGUGGGGGGGAAUGGACAGUAAACUAAACAUAUACAAGCUGACUGACUGCCCCACCCAUGCUGUUUGUGCUGCACAAGCUCACCUCCUCCUGACUCCCCCUUUGUAUUGCUCCUGCAUUAGUGUGUUGCUUGCACAGCUCGUUUUGCUUGCGCAGAUUUUUCCACCGCCCACUCACUUUGGAACCCUUAGAAGCAGUUGCAUUUGGAGGCUUGCCCCCUCUUUCU